CAAGGUCAUGAUAAAUGACAUCUGACAUCUUAUUUAUUCAAUUAUUAUUGUGUCAAAUUGAUGAAAUGGAUUAAUAGGGAAUUUUAUUGAUCAUAAUGACCAGCCAUUCAUGUUAUUGAUACUCAGUCAGUUCCAUCGUGCUCGGCAAUCAUUGUAUUGAAGAAAAAAUGCUUCCCAGGGUUCUGAAAACAUACAAUCGUUGUUCAAUCAAUAAUAGGAACAUCAUGGAUAUUAUGUAUCCAAUUAGAAAUUUAUCACAGUUACCUCUAAUAAAACAGCGAGCGUAUAUUGAUGGAGAGUGGGUUUGUGCCGCAGACGAAAGAAUAUUCACUGUAUCGAAUCCAGCUAAUGGUGAAAUUAUUUCUAAAGUUCCAGAUAUGGACGAGAGGGAUGUUGAAUUAGCUAUCAAAGCAGCUUCAUCCGCUUUUGUAGAAUGGAAAAAUACAACUGCUUAUGAACGUUCCAGAGUGAUGAAAAAAUGGUAUGAUCUCAUGGUAAAACAUAAGGAAACAAUAGCUCAAAUUAUAACUCUAGAAUGUGGUAAACCUUUUGCUGAAUCAAAAGCGGAAGUAAAUUAUGGAAAUUCUUACAUUGAGUAUUAUGCUGAAGAAGCAAGACGAAUAAAUGGUGAAAUUCUUCAAAGCACUUAUCCAACGAAAAAGUAUUUUGUUGAAAAACAACCUAUCGGAGUUGUUGGAUUGAUAAGUGCUUAUAAUUUCCCAUUAGCUAUGAUUACAAGAAAAUUAGCUGCAGCUUUAGCUGCAGGUUGUACUUGUGUUGUCAAACCUGCGACUGAUACACCCUUAACAGCUCUUGCAAUGGCAGAACUGGGGCAUGAGGCUGGAAUUCCAAAAGGUGUAGUGAAUGUUAUCACAAGUUCUCAUGCUUCAAAUCCACCUGUAGUUGAUUUUAUGUGUAAAAGCCCAGAUAUAAGGGGAAUAUCUUUUACUGGCUCAGUUCAGGUUGGUAAAAUUAUUAAUGAAAAAUGUGCUCCCUAUGUGAAACGGGUUAGCUUAGAACUUGGAGGAAAUGCACCCUUUAUUGUGUUUAAUUCAGCUGAUGUAGAUGUUGCUGUGCAAGCUGCAAUUGCCUCAAAAUUCAGAAAUUCUGGCCAAACCUGUGUAGCACCUAAUAGAUUUUUGGUACAGGAUGGAAUUUAUGAUUGUUUUGUGGAUAACCUCAUUGUUGAGAUGAGAAAAUUGAAAAUGGGUGAUGGUUCUCAGGGUGAUGUUAAAAUUGGCCCAAUGAUAAAUGCAGCACAGUUAGAAAAAGUCCGUCAGCUGGUAGAUGAUGCCAUUUCCAAAGGAGCUAAUUGCAUUCUUGGCGGAAAGAGGGCGCCACUUGUGGGAGAUUUAUAUUAUGAACCUACAGUUUUGACUGAUGUGCGGGAAACUAUGAAGCUUUACAUGGAAGAAAUUUUUGGACCUGUUGUUAGCAUUGUGAAAUUCAGAACAGAAGAAGAAAGUUUAUUCAUUGCUAAUCAACCCGAUGUUGGACUUGCUGGAUAUAUUUUUUCCAGCGAUAUUAGUCAAAUUUUCAGAGUAAGCAAGAAUUUGGAAGUCGGAAUGGUUGGUGUCAAUGAAGGGAUCAUAUCUGCUGCUGAAGUUCCAUUUGGGGGAGUCAAAAAGUCUGGUAUUGGGCGAGAAGGUGGCCAUAAUGGUAUAGAAGAUUAUAUCGAUUAUAAAUAUGUUUGCAUAGGAAAUUUAAGAUUUUAAUAAAUCAGCAAAGAGCUUGUUAUUUUUGAAGUAAGCAGUAUUACCUAAUGAAGCUAUCUCUAACAACAUCUUCUGCUUCAUAAUUUUUUGUUUUUUAGGUAGUCUUGAAAUUGUAUUGAGUAUUUUGGAAAAUUUAAUAUUUAUUAACCGAUUUGAAUGAUGAAAAAUGUCAUGAAUUUUCGAUUGAUCUAGUCAAAAUCAUUAUCCACAUAGUGAAAUGACAAAAUUAUUACAGUGGACAUGAUUAGCAAUUGACUCAUCUGAAAUUAUAACAUAUAUUUACAUCAUAUGUAUGUACAUAUAUACUAUAUCAAUACAUUUUUGCCAUAACAUCGUGAGCCUCAAUUACUUGCCAGUGCCUUACGAUAUUUUGGCAAAAAUGUGUCGAGAUAAUGUAUUGGUCUUCCAUGGUCUGAAGUAUCAAAAAUAAUGUCUUCCAUUUAUGUGAUAUGUGUGGUACAACUACAAUAAACCAAAGACCCCUCGUCUAUAUUUGAAUUCUGAAACUAGUAUAUUUGAUAGCGGAUUCGACCGUGCUUAGUGACUCCAUUGUAAUAUGUGAUGUUUAUGAUUAAAUACACCAAUCAUAUAUGAUA